CCACCACCCACGACAACACUAAAAGCCAUGUCUUCUGCGCGAAACACUGCUGGUAACAGCAAAUCCGACAACACGCUCCCCAAAGUACAAUCGGUCGCUCAUCCGCUCAAAGACCGCGAUCCCACCACCAGUUCUCAACCCUCCGACUUGACCCCAGCACAAUCGGAUGAUCCUUCCACCGGCUACGAGCCCGUGACCCGCCACGAGAUGAAGGAGGAGAUCAACCACCUCCGGGCGAUGGUCGCACACCUAGAGGAGGAAUGCAGGAAUGUGCAGAGGGAUGGGAAGGUGAGGGGAUGGGGAAACACUCACGCUUGCAAGAUGAUCAAUCACUUUGAAGACGAUUUCGACGACUUUGACGACUUUGACGACUUUGGCAGCGACAGCGACGACGCCCACGAUGACGAUGACGACUAUGAGUACGAGUAUAGGGAACUGCGAGCAGACCUUCAAGAUCUGCGAAAGCAAGUCAAAGCCAGGGAGCAAGACUUGGCCAAGCUGGUGGGGCAAAAGAAGGGGAAGAAGGGGCCUGUGGAUGUGGACAGUGUGUAUUUGACUGAUGAUGAGGAGGAGGAAGAUGAGGACGGGGACGAUGAUGAGGAAGAAGCUGCGCCUUCGGGUCGGGCAGAGAAGAAGAGGAAGUUGUAGUCACUUGUUUUAUACCCAUUUUGCCUUGCUAUGCCGUGCUCGCUUGUCUGAUAGAACCAAACAAUAGGAAGAUGUACAAGUA